AUGGCAGCACCCUUGGGUCACCCUCAGCUCCUGCACCAGAGCCCUGCUCUGUGCGGGGGUCCAGCGCAUCAAGUCCAGUCACUGCUGUCACCUCCUCAUGGGCUGACGUCACCGUGCGAGGGACCUGCCCACACAGGACCUGGUGCAACCGGUGGCAUCAUCCCAUGCGACACCGUCCUGGACAGAAAACCUAGCUCAGACAACGUGGUGCUGCAAGACCACGAAAGGAAAUUUCCUUUUCUUGAGCCCCUCUCGGAGCCUCGGGAUGAGGUCAGUGACACAGCCUGGCUCCCUGCCCGCUGUGCGCUGCUGGCUCCCAACCAUGGAACCUGCUCUGGCCUCAAGGCUCCGAAUGAGAGUUUAACGCAAGGCUGGCGCCUGCAUCAAGGUAUUGCAAUAAAUAAUAUUUAUGACCCUUUCUUGAGUUCAGUCUCACCAGAACAUUGCCGCAAAGGCUGCAGGGUUCUGGUUGAUGCACGGGAUAAGCUGGGGAUCCCUUGGCAAUACACGGAGAAUGAGAAGCACGGAAUGUUUUUGAUGGCUUUUGAGAACAAAGCUGGAAUGGCCAUCGAGCCUGCCACCUUCCAGCUCUACGUCCCGGCCCUGAGCGCGCUGUGGAGGGACUCGGGAAUCAAGGAAGCCUUCAGCCGUCGCAGCGAGUAUCAGCUGGGUGAAUCGGUGAAAUACUUCUUGGAUAACCUGGAUCGGAUUGGUCAGCUGAAUUAUUUCCCCAGCAAACAAGAUAUUUUGCUGGCUAGAAAAGCCACCAAAGGAAUAGUAGAGCAUGAUUUCAUCAUUAAAAAAAUACCCUUCAAGAUGGUGGAUGUAGGUGGACAGAGAUCUCAGCGUCAGAAGUGGUUCCAAUGCUUUGAUGGAAUAACUUCCAUUUUGUUCAUGGUCUCCUCCAGUGAAUAUGAUCAGGUUCUUAUGGAAGACAGGCGCACAAACAGACUCGUGGAGUCCAUGAAUAUUUUUGAGACAAUAGUCAAUAACAAGCUUUUCUUUAAUGUUUCUAUUAUCCUAUUCCUCAACAAGAUGGAUCUCCUUGUAGAGAAGGUAAAGACUGUCAGCAUUAAGAAGUAUUUCUCGGACUUUAAGGGUGACCCUCACAGGCUAGAAGAUGUUCAGCGUUACCUGGUGCAGUGCUUUGACAGGAAGAGGAGAAACCGUAGCAAGCCGCCCUUCCAUCCCUUCAGCACUGCCAUAGACACUGAGAACAUCCGCUUCGUGUUCCACGCCGUGAAGGACACCAUCCUUCAAGAGAACCUGAAGGAUAUUAUGUUGCAGUGAAGGAGAGCAGCCCAUAUUCUGUUAAAAUUUGCCGGAGGGUUAGAUCAAAGUUUUUAUUCUUUCUUUAUGGCCCUUGCAUGUGGUGUAGAACCCAUGCUAUUUACUUGGCUCAGGAAUGCUGUAAACUAGCCAGUCCAAACAGAGGAGCUAUAGGCCGAAGGAGUCAAAUGUUGAUGUUAGCUACUGAAUCAUUUGGACUAGAAACACUACUGAAACUGGCCGUUGUAGGUGUUCUUUACCUAGUUUGGAAUACUGAAUAACAUAACCACCUUCUGCCUUCUUAGAAUUUUUUUUUCUCCGAGAAACCAUGUAAGGAAGACACUUUGUUUUAAAUGAAUAUGUUUAUUUUCAAAGACACUAGUAAUACAAACUGCCUUUUUUGUAGUUCAGAGGUGCUGAAUUAAUCAAACUAAUCUAAAACAUAACAAGAUUGGUAGCUGUAUUGGUGAAUGUUAACAAAGUUGCAUUCUUAACAACCUUGGGUAUGUAACUAGGUCUUGUGUGCAUAUUCAGCUCUGCCAAGGAUCUGGAGUCCACUUUUCAAGGUGGAUGCACAGCUCUUGUCUGAAGGUUUUGCAUGAAUCCCGUGAAGCAAAGGCCUGAGACAGUCUUUAUAAAGGAAACCAAUACUGGAGGAAAUUGGACGGGAAA